AUGCAAAACAGUACAAAAGCCGUCGGCGCUAAGACGCAGGACAACCCGUUUGAUGUGCUGACAAAAAAGUUAGUAGAAGGUAACAACAACACGCCAAUCGAGAACCAGAACAGCUCUCAGACGAAUCCCUCUGAUGCGGAUAAAAACGAUGGCAAUAACCAUACCGGUCGUGACGAACGGCAGUCAGGCGAUGAAAACGCCGCUCGUCACUUCGAAACACCGACGUCGGAUAGAACGGUAUUCGGGUUGCGAAAGUGCUCGACCAAGAUCUUUGGCCUUUCGCCCGUUUCGGAAAUUUCUGCCGCACUGCAAGAUUCCGGUCUGGACACUCCGCGGGUAGUACGCUACGACAGAACGCGACCGAUCUGUUUGCGAAAAGAAGGCAAAUUUCAUCGCGUACCAGGCGAAACAAGUAACGUGACGCCGUCUGCAAAAUUUACUUCCCGCCUAGGGCCGCUUCCGAAUGUUGACGACCGUUAUCAAAAUGAUGCCAAUGUCGGCGGCAACACCAAAGACGACGAGGACUCCAACCAGUGGCAACAGCAGCAUGAAGACUGUGAACCAUUGGACCACAGACGUUUCACGCUAAACUCCGCUGGACGAUCGCCAGCUAGCAGACGGGCGGAACAGCGUCAGCGCAGUCUUCAGUUCCGCCAGCAUGGUAUGCCCACGCGCAUGAUCUACGACGAUAGCUGCAAACUGUUGGCGUCGCCCGGCAAGGAAAACAUGUCGACGGAGGAGCUAUCGUUCUACCAGAGUCACAGCCCGCAGCAGAGUCCACGGCCCUGCAGCCCGUGCUCGCUCUGUCCAGACGAUGGCGAGCUGCUACCGUCGGAAAACAACACCCCCAGCAAGCAUGUGACCAUACCGAUCGUGAACAAAAACGGCACCGGACCGAUCGUGGCUGGUAAGCUGACGGCCGUACCGGGUGGGUUCGGUUAUCGGCCACGCCGCCCGUUGGACGAUCACGACCCAAACUCGAUGGACUCUGGGUAUGGUGCGAGUGUGCUGAACGAUGUGCUGCUGAACUCGCUGCACAGUACUAGCGGUAGUACCGGGACCAUGAUGACUGCCACGAAAACGCCCUCCAUGUUCCAUUUCAACCAGUCGUCCACGGCGUCCCUAUCGCGGCACUGUUCCGGAUCGCCCGCGAGUUCGCGUGGUCGGUUGCUACUGCACAGCAGCCUAUCGUCCGGCUCGAUGGAAUCGAUGGACGAUAUGGAGCUGUUCGAUAUGGAAGCGAUGGACGAUGAGGAUAUCGAGGACAAGUUGCAAUCCUGCCAGCAGUCCCAGCAACCAAGCGGGCUGAACUCGCUCAUCUGCGGUACGAUCAAAACGACGCGUACGGCAACGACACCGGAACAGCAGAAGCGUCCGUUCGUGCGGCGGUGUUUGAGUCUCACUGAAAAUACGAACAGCAAUGUGAACGUGCAGCAGCAGCAGCAGUACGUUAUCUCCCAGCUGAAGACACCGGAGCGUUACGCGCGUCGUAUGAUCGCCAUCGAGGAUCAGGAGAACUGCAAUCUAACGCCGUACUCGUCCAGAACGGCCACCGUUGCUACGGCGGAAGUAACGCGCUGCUUCAAGCGACCCGAACCACCGGGCGUUAGUCCGGUGCAGAGCAAACGUAGCAAAACCCAGAUGGACGUGACGGCACUAGCGGCAGUGACGGUACCGGCCGUAAACGCGCUAGACAGUCCGGCACGUACGACCGUGCUGGCUGCGGUACCGAAGAAGGCCGUCUACCAGAAGUCAAUCUCCAUGAACGAUGCGCAGAUCAUGACCGCGCUAUCGCGAUCAUCGUCCGAACCGGAUCUGAUUGGAGAUUUUAGCAAAUCGUACGUGCUGCCACUGAUGGAAGGACAGCAUCGGGAUCUGAAGUCGAUCUCGGGUGAUACGAUGGCACGGCUAGUACGGGGUGAUUUUAACGAUAAGAUUGCAAGCGUCAAAAUCAUUGACUGCCGGUAUCCGUAUGAGUUCGAGGGAGGUCACAUCCGAGGUGCUAAGAAUCUGUACACCCAGGAGCAGAUCAUCGAUGAGCUCAUCAAAUCGAAGACGGAAACGCCAAAGGUUGCCAGCUGCCAGGAUGGUGCUGCGCUGCGUCGUCACAUCGUUGUGUUUCACUGCGAGUUCUCGUCCGAACGUGGUCCCAAAUUAUCACGCUUCUUGCGCAAUCACGAUCGUAUCCUAAACGCCGACAGUUACCCCGCACUGCAUUAUCCUGAGAUGUAUCUGCUGCACGGUGGCUACAAGGAGUUUUUCAAGGCACAUGCCGAUCUUUGCGAUCCGAUUGCUUACCGGCCAAUGCUGGAUCCGGAGUUUGGCGAAGCGUACCGCCAUUUCCGGGCCAAAUCGCGCAGCUGGAAUGGUGAUGGUACCGGUACGGUUAAGGCCAGUGCCACGGCGGGACCGCUCGCUGGUGGUCCAAACCGUUUAACAAAGUCACGGUCUAGAUUGGUGCUGUAA